CCAACAUAUUGGAGAAACAACAAUUUGCAUGUAACAAGUUUAGGAAGCCAAAAGAGGAUGAUGUAGGAGCUGAGUUGCCACCUGUGCUAGAUCCUAUACCAGACCCCCAAACCUUUGGGUGAAGAAGAUGAAAUGGAAGAAGUGCCAAUAUUCGAUGGAGAGGAGAGUGGAAAAAAGAAGAAUAAGAAGAAGUGCAAGAGAGAAAGGAUAGAGCAAACACAAUGUAAGGCAAAAAUGCUAGUUAAAUUGAAGGAUGGGCGGUGGGAAGUAACCCACUUUGUCCGUGAUCAUAAUCAUCCUUUGGUAGCCAAGCCUUCACUGUCCAACUACUUGCAAUCUCACAUGGGUAUAUCGCCGGAGGAAAAGAGGUUCCUAGAGAUACUCCACAACUGCAACCUAACUUCAGGCCGUAUGAUGACUAUCAUGUCAGAGUUUUAUGUCUCGGAGCUAAAUGUACCGUAUGGACCUAAAGCAAUAACAAACCUAUGUGUUGGCUUCUCCAAGGACUGAACGAAAGA